AUGCUGAUGAGGAAUGGGAACAGCACGGCAGUCUACCUCAUCAACCUGUCCAUUUCAGACCUGCUCUACACAAUCUCUCUGCCUGUGUGGAUUGAGCUAGCCCUGCAGAGGCCUCUGGGUGGUCUCUGCAGUUUAGUGGCUGUGAUCAUGCACAACAGCUUUUACGUCGGCUCAGGCCUCCUUUGCUGCCUCUCUGUCGAUCGCUACCUAGCAGUGGUCUAUCCUCUCCACUUUCACUGGGUCCGAGAGGUGCACACAGCAGCAGUUGUGAGUAUUGCUGUUUGGACUUUGGAGAUUGCCAUCCACAUCAUCUUACUUGACCACACGGGGGCGCUGCAAGCUUUCUCCUCAAGAAGCUUGUGUGAGGAGCAAAUGCCCAUGACACAAGAAGAUGCUCACAUCGCCCUUACACGAGUCACCCUGGGUUUCUUGGUCCCUGUCUUCAUCAUGACCUUUUGCUUUCAGCAGAUCAUGUGGUCACUGCGACAGAGCAACUCCAUCCAGUCAGAGGAGCGCAGGAAAGUGGGACUGCUGCUGUUUUUCCUUAUUCUAACAUACAUAGUGGCCUUUAUGCCCUAUCAGACUGUCAUGCUGCUCAGGGCCAUACUGGAGCCCGGGGCCUGCAUCUGGGCCACAAGGUGUGUGCAUUCGAACAUCACAUCUGCAAUGGAAAAUUUAACCCUGGCCGCAAAUCAUUCAGAAUGUUACUCGUUUGACAGCGCAUCCAGGAGAAGGUCUUUUCUGUUUUUCUACCUGGCUAUCAUCAUCACUGCCAUCCCGUCCAACAUCUUCUCCCUCUAUGUGUCCUUGCAGCAUAUUAGACAGAACAACGAGCUUGGUGUGUAUCUAUUCAAUCUGGCCCUGAGUGACCUGAUCUUCACUAUCGGCCUUUCUCUGUGGCUGGACUUCCUGUGGAAUGGAGUUUGGGCCCACGGGGGCUACGUUUGCGUGCUAUCUGUCUACUCUCUCUUCACUAACUUUUACACCAGCGAUGCUCUCCUCUGCUGCAUCGCUAUUGACCGCUACCUGGCAGUGGUUCAUCCAUUAAAGUACACUUUCUUGAGGAAGGUUAGCACUGCAACUGCGGUCAGUGUUGUCAUUUGGGUGUUGGUGGUCUGUUUCAAUAUCACCACCAUCAGCUGGGAGGACUCAUACCGUGAAAACAAUGAGCUUUCAUUGUGCUUUGAUAUCUUUAUCCCACUGUCAGAGAACCUGGCUCGAGCUAAUGUAGCACGCUUCAUCCUAGGCUUCAUUGUUCCCGUUCUCCUGGUGGUGUUUUCCACCUGGAGGAUCUGUGUGGCGGUGAAAUCCAACCAGGCCACAGAGGAACAGGAACGUAAACGGAUUUCAAAGCUGCUGACGGUAAUCCUACUCUCCCUUUUGUUUUGCUUUGGACCUACCCACGUCAUGAUGCUCCUCCGCAUAGUAGUCAAUGACUGCUGGACUAAUGCAUGGCUUCUUUAUCUAUACAAGAUCAGCAUAGCUAUCUCAAGCCUCAACUGCCUUGCAGACCCUCUCCUUUACUGCUUCAUUACUAGAACGGGGAAGGCAAAUGUCAAUCAGGUUGUUCUCUUCUUCCGGUGGCUGGCCUGGGACAUGCUGGAUGGCAUGAUCCGUCCGACAGGUAACCGGGCCCAGGACACGCUGGCGGGGCGCACGAUGGCAAGCAGGCCGGGUGGGGAAGAUCCGGUCGGAGGUGCUCCACACAGGCGAUGA